GCUUGGCAUCCCAAGGAGCCUCUUGUCCACUGGAAUAAUGUUUCCAGUGCCCCUUCUCUUUACUCUCACCUAUUUCCUUAACUAGACUUUAAUCUCACAUCCAAUCCUCACAAUAAACUCUUUUAUCAAUCUAGGUUUUCGGUUCUGUAGAUACAGGGGACUCUUGCGCCGCCAAAACAUAACCCUCAGAACUCCCUACUCUUGCGCCACCACUAGACCUUAUUUAACUCCCCGACCACCAAUAAUCCUAAUUUCCUUUAGGUACCCCAAAUCUAAACCUCAUCAAUAAUAAUUGUACCUAUUUAGCUGGAUUGUUGUAAGAAUGAAAUGAGAUAAUUGUAAAAGCACAUGGUGCCUGACACUGCAAUAGGAGGUACUACAUAAAUGCAACUCUAAAAUGGAUUUCUCUUUUUGACUGUCACCAACUUAGUGGAAAAUAAGAAAGGAUUUUGAUGUAAGUAGUAUAUAGUAAGGUGGCUAAUUUCAUUAAUUGAGACAUUGUUAAUGGACUCUGCUGUAUAGCAGUUUCUGCAUUGUCCAUAGCUCACAAACCUGUAGAUCUGUUUCAUUAUCACUUGCACAUAAAAACUAGAAACCAAACUCCUAGUUUUGGACAGGCCAUAAAUUGUCAUCAGAGAAUUGAGGAAGCAGAAUGAUGUGGAAAACUGGACAAUAAACAGUCCUAUUUCAGAAAAUAGUCCUUCAAAGGGAACCUUUUCUCCAGGGUUAUUUAGAUUAAAUGCAGUUCAUUUCAGGGCUGCAAACAUUGAAGUACCAACUAUAUGCAAGGCACAUGGGCACAUGUCUGGCAAAAACGUAUUUUUUCUUAACUUAUGCCUAUACUGAGUAAUUGGUUUGUUCAGUAGGCAUUUUUUCUGUUACCACUGGGAACCUUUGUUUUUCUUCACAAGUAAUUGUAUUUUAGUGAUCUUUUAAUGAGUAUUUUUGGUUAGGAGACGCCACCCUGUGAUGACUUUGAGUAUUGCAUUUGCUUUAAAGGUAUGCAAAGUUCUAAAAAUGAAAAGGCCAAUAACUUUUAUUUCCAGCUGAUUGCCUCACCUCAGGAGUAGAACCCAGUGUUCGCCUCAGAGGCUGGAGAUUUACUUGGAAAUUUUUGUCGGUUUUUUGGUUUGGGCAUGGAAUGAUACAUGUGUAUCCAGGACAAAUUGUUCUUUCUGGCACACUUGUUUUCUCAAUGACAUAGUUUGGUUUCUUCUCUAGGCACAUUGUUACAUCAGCACUGCCUGCCUUAGCACCUGGGCCAUAACCUAUAAACUGUUAACACCUUCCAUGCUGAUCUUCCUUUCACAGAUCAAUAAUGAUGCUUUUUAGAAGAAAGAAGAUGGCUGCCUCUUCAUCCUCCUCCUCAGCUGGAGGGGUCAGUGGAAGUUCUGUGACUGGAUCCGGCUUUAGUGUCUCAGACCUUGCCCCACCACGGAAAGCCCUUUUCACCUAUCCCAAAGGAGCUGGGGAAAUGUUAGAAGACGGCUCAGAGAGAUUCCUUUGCGAGUCUGUUUUCAGCUAUCAAGUGGCAUCUACACUUAAACAGGUGAAACAUGAUCAGCAAGUGGCUCGGAUGGAAAAACUGGCCGGCUUGGUAGAAGAACUGGAGGCCGAUGAAUGGCGGUACAAGCCCAUCGAGCAGCUGCUGGGGUUUACGCCCUCCUCAGGUUGACAGUGCUGGCAUUGCCUCUGGAGCACAAGCAAGGGCAGAGCUGGGGAGGGUCUUUUCUGCACGGUCUCUGGGAUCCAGGGAUUCAGAGCUGCAUCUGGAAUGGUUUGCUUACAUUCACACUUGGUGCCUCUGUAAUAAACUACAUUCCGUGUAAGUUAGAACGCCUGUGGGAGGAAAAGAAAACACUACAACUUAACUAGGCUAUCUGACAGGGGAGCAUUUUUCUUCCCUAAGAACCCCCUGGAGAUUGGGUUAAGUAAGACAAUCAGUUUCAGAGAAUUGGAAGGUUUCCAUUUGGGGGCUGAGGGAUUUUUUAGAAAACUUCACUCAACAAGCAGUGUAUGUGUCCAAAUUAGUCCACUUGGGAGAAAAAUCCACCCUGUCAGUCAUUCAGGCCCUGGAACACCUCACCAAGGCAUGGUCAGAAUAAAGAGGUAGGAAAGAUAGCAUUCUUUUUCAAAGAUGAAUGGGAUUAUAAUCAGGACAGAUCCAGAUGAAGGGCAGGAAAAAAAAAAAAUGUUAGCUGUAUUUUCCGUCAUUAGGUAUCUCAGCACUGUUGGGUCCAACUUUGUGACAAGACCUUGUUAACUGCAUGCUGAAUGACUGGAAAAGACCUCACCUUUUUCGUGGGGGCACAGUGUAGAAGGGAAACAGCAGGGGCCUUUAAACCCAGAAAUCGAAGGCCCUUCCCAGUGCUGGACUCAAGCUGUUCUGUGGCAAAGCAAUCCUUUCAAAGGGCUUCAAAUUGGUUUCUUUAUCUUUUUAAAGUCUCAGGAAUUUGGGGCAGGGGGGGUGGUGUUAAAUUGCUUUGUUGUCAAUAAGGAAAAAACCUUUUCUCAUAAGUAAAUGGAGAUAUGUUUCACUCUGCAUCCAGUGAUUUGUCUGUGUACAGAUGUAUGGAGUUUUCUCUGUUAUGUAUGCCUGAAUAGGUUUUUUUCUCCAGUGAUAAGGAAGCCUGAAAACUGACAGCUUCUGCUCUGCUCUCCCUCUGAGGUCCCAGAGUGGCAGACAUUGUUAUUGGACCAUGUGCAAAAUUUUACCUUUUAGAAAGCAUCUUAGUUGUUUGGAAUUGGGUUUCUUGUUUGUUUUUUAAUGACUUACAAUUGAUCUACUUAGACCAGUUUAAUAAAUAAAUAAAAUCCUG